GUGAGGAAUACUGUGUCACUUGGCAUUUCAACUUUCUGGCUAAAUGGCUUUUGUGCCUGUGAUACCAGAAUCUUACAGCCAUGUUCUCGCAGAGUUUGAGUCCCUGGAUCCAUUACUAUCAGUCCUGAGGCUGGACUCCACUCGUCUGAAGUGCACCAGCAUAGCUGUGUCUCGGAAAUGGUUGGCGUUGGGCAGUUCAGGAGGAGUGCUCAACCUCAUUCAGAAAGAAGGCUGGAAGCAGAGGCUUUUCCUUUCACACAAGGAAGGGGCAAUUUCUCAGGUUGCCUGCUGUUUACAUGAUGAUGAUUAUGUUGCUGUAGCAACCAGUCAAGGUCUUGUAGUUGUUUGGGAAUUAAAUCAAGAACGUCGUGGGAAACCAGAACGAAUUUAUGUGUCUUCAGAGCACAAAGGACGAAAAGUGACAGCUCUCUGUUGGGAUACAGCUAUUCUUAGAAUUUUUGUAGGUGAUCAUUUGGGGAAAGUUUCUGCCAUCAAACUCAACACUUCUAAACAAGCAAAGGCAGCUGCUACCUUUGUGAUGUUUCCUGUUCAGACAAUAACAUCAGUUGACUCCUGUAUUGUCCAGUUAGAUUAUUUGGAUGGAAGACUUCUUAUGUCUUCACUUACUCGAUCCUUCUUGUGUGACACGGAAAGAGAGAAGUUUUGGAAAAUUGGAAACAAGGAAAGAGAUGGAGAAUAUGGAGCUUGUUUCUUCCCUAGAAGAUGCUCUGGGGGCCAGCAGUCUCUGAUCUACUGUGCUCGCCCUGGCUCCAGGAUGUGGGAAGUGAACUUUGAUGGGGAUGUUAUAAGUACACAUCAGUUCAAGAAUCUCCUCGCUUCACCACCUCUCCCUGUGAUUAAUCUAAGAUCAGAACCCCAGUAUGAUCAGACGGUUGGAUCCUCCCAGUCUUUGUCUUUCCCCAAACUCUUGCAUCUUAGUGAGCAUUGUGUGCUGUCUUGGACAGACAGAGGAAUUUACAUUUUCCUUCCUCAGAAUGUUCAAGUUCUCCUUUGGAGUGAAGUCAAAGGUAUUCAGGAUGUGGCUGUCUGCAAGAAUGAGCUGUUCUGUUUGCACCUAAAUGGGAAAGUGUCACAUCUGUCCCUGGUAUCUGUGGAACGCUGUGUGGAACGCCUGUUAAGGAGAGGCCUAUGGAACCUGGCUGCCCGUACUUGCUGUCUUUUCCAAAAUUCUGUCAUUGCUUGUAGAGCAAGAAAAACUUUGACUGUAGAUAAACUGGAACAUUUGAAAUCUCAGCUGGACCUCUCAAGCUACAGUGAUCUAAUUUCUCAAUUGGAAGAACUGAUCUUAAAAUUUGAACCUUUAGAUUCAGCCUGCAGCAGUCGAAGAAGCUCCAUUUCAUCACAUGAAAGUUUCAGCAUCUUGGACUCUGGAAUUUAUCGUAUCAUCAGUAGUAGAAGAGGCAGCCAGUCAGAUGAAGACUCUUGUUCCCUUCACAGCCAAACCCUCUCAGAAGAUGAGAGACUUAAAGAAUUCACCUCACAUCAGGAGGAGGGUCAGCAAGAGCAGUGUUGUGGCUCCCACGGGAAUGAAGAAGAUGUUUCUCAUGUUUCAGUGACGUUUGAGGCAGAUAAGAAUGAAACUCUCCUCCCCUUCGGCAUCCCAUUAUCAUUUCGUUCUCCAUCUCCUCUCGUGUCUCUUCAAGCUGUUAAGAAAAGCGUUUCUAGCUUUGUGCGUAAAACUACUGAGAAGAUUGGCACCCUACACACGAGCCCUGAUCUGAAAGUGAGACCAGAACCCAGGGAUGGUGAACAGUCAUGUGAAGAGGAUGUGAGCCCAGUCACCUGCCCAAAGGAGGAAGACACUGAGGAGAAACACGAGGUAACUAGCCAGCCUCCAGAAGAAGACUGGUUGCAAGAGCUUAAAGUAGCAACAACAGAGGCAAUGAUCACGCUGCAGGACCCACUGGUUUUAUUUGAACCCAAGUCUCUGAGAAUGGUUUUACAGGAGUGGCUUGUACAGUUAGAAAAAACUUUUUCGAUGAAGGACUUUUCAGGCAUUUCAGACACUAGCAAAUUUUCUGUGAAAUCCACCCAGGAUGAGCUAUUACUUGAUGAGUCAAAAAGGGUAAUAAUAGAUGAUAAUAGUGAAAAAGAAAAAAGGAACUCAUUAACCAAUGAAGAAACUGUUGAUCAAACAGUGUUUGAAUCUGUGAGUAGUUGGAGGAAACCCUUAGAUGACCUUUUUAGAGUAUAUUCUCCCUGCAUGAUAGCAAAUGGCUUUCAGAAGGACCUGGCUGAAUUGACAACGUUUUGUUUGGAGUUGAAUGUAUUGACCUCUACGAUCGAAUGUACAAAUGGACAUGCAGACCACACUGUACAACGGUGCUCUCCUGAAAUUCUGGCUUGUCAGUUCCUAAAGAAGUACUUUUUUCUCCUGGACUUGAAAAGAACAAAGGAGAGUAUCAAGCUUAGUUACACUAACAGCCCAUGUGUUUGGGAUACUUUCAUUGAAGGAUUGAAAGAGAUGGCAAGUUCCGAUCCUGCAUAUAGGGCACUGGAAGAAGGAGAUCUGCCAACAAGACUAAGGUUACUAGAUGUCUCGGUGCCCGCUGAUAGUCCUUUGUUGAUUGCCUGUGUUACCCGGUUGUAUGAGAUGUUUGGGGAACCUGCCCUUCGAUCCUUAAUCAGGUUUUACCCAUCUAUUUUGCCUUCGGAUAUCAUUCACCUUUGUCAUAAUCAUCCUGCUCAAUUUUUGGCCUAUUUAGACAGUCUGGUGAAAUCGAGGCCUGAAGAUCAGAGGCCUACUUUUCUUGAGUCUCUUUUACAACCAGAGUCUUUGAGAUUGGAUUGGCUGCAUCUGGCAGUAUCCCACGAGGCUCCACCAAGCACAAGCACUAUGGAUGAUGAAGGAUACCCCAGACCUUAUUCACAUUUACUUUCCUGGGGUUACAGUCAGCUGAUCCUUCAUCUCAUUCAACUUCCUGCAGAUUUUGCAACCAAAGAAAAAAUGGCUGAUAUCUGUAGGUCUGGUGGGUUCUGGCCUGGCUGUCUCAAUCUCUGUUUGGAGCUGGAGAGAAGAAGAGAGGCUUUCACCAUCCUUGUGCAUCUGAAUGACUUGAGUCUGAUGGAGAGGGACAAUGGUUGGAUCCCGGAGACUUUGGAGGAAUGGAAACUUCUCUUAAAUCUCGUACAGAACAAGAGCACCAGGCCAGCUCCCCAGAAGUCACCAAAUGGGGACCUCAGUGAUGGACCUUCUCCUGUCAACAUAGAGAAUGUGGCUCUCCUGUUAGCUAAGGCUGUUGGCCCAGAUCGGGCCUGGUCUCUGCUACAAGAAUGUGGUUUGGCCCUUGAGUUGUCAGAGAGGUUUACCAGAACCUGUGAUAUCCUGAGGAUUGCCGAGAAAAGGCAGAGAGCCUUGAUACAAAGCAUGCUUGAAAAAUGUGAUCGGUUUCUCUGGUCCCAGCAGGCCUAGUGGAAGACUCAGUACAACGCCACAACAUUUUGAGAA